AUAGUCUAAUAACUGGUGAUUGGUCUAAUACUUAUACUUAUACUACUAACUUAGUCUUAGUAACUAGUAGUACUGUUAGAUCUAGAUUAUUCUAGAUCUAGAUUUUAGAUCUGAAUCUGAUAGUUCAUAAGCUGAUGAACCUGCCACGACCCUCCUAAAAACUAGACGUAUUAGUAUUAGCCUUAGCGCAAAGACCGCAAAGAAUACAUCUAGAUUUCUAGAUUCUGGCCUGUUUCAACAAAUUUGAAAAAUGCAGAGAUACGUACUAAAACAGAAAGCAAUUUUACAUACAGUAACAUAUAUUCCUUCCAAUAAGAUUAUAAGUCUAGAUUAGUCUAGAUCUACUAAUCUACUUCAGCCAAUGUGGUAUACAGAGGUGUCAACAUGAGCUUACUCGAUUCUGAGUCAACUGAGCUUUACUCUACUAGAUCUGAUAAUCUUGUUGAUGCAAUAAAGAGUUAUGCAGUCUACAUAAUAAAAAUAAACACUCUAGUACGCAGGGCAUCCAUUUUUACAAAAUGGAAACCAGUUUCUAACUAUGAAAUUGAUACAUUUCUGGCCACGACUACAAUGAUGGGAUUAGACUUGUCGUUACGUCCCACACAUCCAUAUGGAUUAAUUUUAUUGCCACAGUUAAAACAUGGAAGUUGUUUUUUGUUCAGGCAAAUAUUAUAUAAAUAGCAAUGAAUUACUUUUUGAAAGAUAUCAUGUGCAGUGUAAUUAUUUUCUUACUGAAACUUAAUGUUGCAAGUUGUUUGUUUUUUUCUCAUAAAUUUUCUAUGGUGGUGACCUUGGAUAAUGUGCUCCAGUUUUGUACUCCAUGAGUUUUUUAUUGUUUUAGUGGUUCAAUUUCAUGAAAAUAUGAAUAAGGAUUAUAAAACAAUAGCAUUUAAUUCAGUUUGGAAUAGAAAUGAUCUUCUUAUGUGACUUGGAUUAAAUUUUUUGUCGUCCAAUGAUAGACUUACAAUAUCAGGCUUUAAGCACCUAGCUGGAUAAAAGAAGUAACAGAAAUGGGCCUGUCUUUCUAAAAUGAGUUUAGAGAGAAAAGUAUUUUAUCAGCAACUAUAUACCAGCUAGACCAAACUUUUUUUGUCAUUAGACCAAAGAUGGCCCACAUUUAAUUAUUUAUAAGAAAUGCCCAAGAUGAAAGAUGUCUUAAGGACAAUUUAUUUUUCAAACCUGAAACCUAAAAACCAAAAUAUAAAUACUCGGAAUCAGGUAUUUACUAUCCACCUCUUGUGAAAACAUUGGCUACUGUCAAGGCUUACAUUGAAUCUCUACCACUUUUAGAUGAGCCAGAAAUGUUUGGGCUCCAUGAGAAUGCAAACAUAGCCUUUCAGUUGAAUGAAACCAAUGCUUUACUUGGUCUUAUGGUGUUGUCUUAUGGGAACUGUUGACAGAAGAAGUACCCUACAAAGAUGUGGAUUCUUCUGCUAUCAUCUGGGGAGUGGGAAGCAAUAUCCUUCACCUUCCUGUUCCAGGCACUUGCCCAGAGGGCUUUAAAUUGCUGAUGAGGCAGUGCUGGUAUUUUAUGCCUCAUUGUAUUACAGCGGACCAUCAAGGAAAUAUUUGGUUAACAGAUGUAGCAAUGCAUCAGGUUUUUAAAAUACCACCAGGUCAGACUGUACCAAAAAUGACACUAGGACAGAAGUUCCAACAUGGUGAAGAUACAAAUCUUUUUUGUAACCCUACUGAUGUAGCUGUUCUUAUGUCUGGAGAGUUUUUUGUAUCUGAUGGGUACUGUAAUAGCAGAGUUCUGAAAUUUUCCAAAGAUGGAACUUUUUUGAUGUCCUUUGGGAAAAGGAACGUUCAGUUUGGUGCAGGAGGUUUACUGUAUGCUGUGAAUGGUCCUGCUUUAGAUGGCCCCAUUGAUACAACUGUCCAGGGUUUCACAUCAGACAUAAAUACUGGAGAUUUGUUGGAAAUGUGGAAUGUACCAGAUAACAUGCAAAACCCACAUUAUGUAGCAGCAGAUCCAGUAACACAUAGCAUCUAUGUAGGGGAAUGGGACCCUGAAAGUGUUUGGAAGUUUAGCAGACCUGUUACAGUACAGUCAAGUUCACAGCAUAACAAAGUUGAGGAAAGUACUCAGAGCCAGUUACUGUCAGCAAUCCAUUGGACCAGAGUGAAACCAAUACCACAGAGUUGUCUGAGGCUAUCAAAUAUAGCAGUGAUGUCUCUCCCUCUGUCAUCAAUUGGCAUCUUACUUGUGGUACCAGUCAUCUUGUUGCUACUUCUAGUCAGGGCACAUCAGUCUGGAAAAUUUAAAUGUUAUGGACAUGGAAAGAAGGGAAAGGUUUUUAACCUUAAAGGCUUUACUUGGAAUUCUCAUAAAGGCUUUGAUAGACUUAGUACUGAGGAAAGUGAUCAUGAGGUUGACCCAGAUGAUUUAGAUGAUAAAGACUAUUUGACACCUCCCAAGACGAAUAAAGCAUAGCCUCAAGUUCAAGGCUGACUAAAUUGUGUAAAUUAAUCUUUUUUUUUCUUUGUUAUUAGUUGGUCAUAUCAUAAUAUUCUGCCAUUACAGUCAGGGUUUAAACUUGUUUACAUGUUGAAUCUGAUACCAACUAAAUCUCAUAAACACAUAAUUAACCAUAGACCCACCUCAUGUAAAAAAAAAAUGUUUUGUAAAAUGUUUUACAUAUUUCGGAUGUUCUUUCAGAGUUGAAGAUAGUUUACUUCCUAGUCCAAAUCUCCCGCAGGACGACGGGGGAUGGGAGCGGGCAGGGUUUGAACCCGGGACCAUCGAUAAAUCCAAACGGCAGUCCAGCGUGCAAACUGCACGACCAGGCAGCCAUAUUACAUGUUAUUAGUUGUAAGUUGUAUUACAAUAACUAAGUGAUUUUGAGCUCAUAAAAUUUCAAAAUAAAAUUAUAAAAUGCUUUUGUCAUUCUAAAAAAGAAAAAAAGAUUACUAUGUUGGAUUUUUUUUGGAUAGCAAAGGCUAUUUGACCUUUUUAUUUCAAUAUGUGAUAUCAAAAUUUUUAAUUCAUUAAUUUGUUUAAUAUUUGUUGAAAGUUUGCUUUUGAAUAAAAUAUUUAUCAGCAUUAUUAUCAUUUAAUAAGUAUAUUUUGUUUUUUAAUUUUAUGAAUGAUUUGAUGUUAUAAUGCCAGGUCAUUUACAAAGCACACGCCUGCCAACUUUCUUUUUGCAAUGAUUCUCAAAACUUAAUUAGCUACCAAAUGAUUGUUUGCUCACUUGGUUGUGAUGAUUCAACAUUCCUGUUAUGUUCCACCAUUUCCUUCUUCAAUUCUAAAGCUGGCUUUAUUUCAUCUAGUGAAUGUACCAUUAGUGUUAGUGACCCUGGCAAACUAGCCAUUUUAUGCACAAUUUUAAAAUGUUCAUAUGGAUAAUAUGGUUAGUUUUUUUAUAGCAUUUUUGACUACAUGGAGUUCCAGACAACUUUCCAUGUUGCUGGUCCCUUUCUCAUGUCAUUAUUAAAUCUUAUUUAAAAAACAAAAAAAACUUGUUAGAUGGUAACAUUGUCCAAAUUGUUACUAGUUUUAUGUAAUGUGUUUGAAAACUAUGACUUCCUUAGAUUGACUACUAGACUCUCAUUCAUGUAUUGCAUUUCUUUAUUUUAAAAUCUUGUUAAGGCUUGUUUAAAAUCUCUCGACAUUCAACUUUUUAUGCCAUAUUACAAUGUUUAUUUGUUAAUUCAAUUGUUUAGUCAAAUGUUUGUUUUCCAAAGUGUUACUAUUUGGUGCAAUCAAAAUAUUUAGUGGCAUUUUACAUACAAACACUGGUAGUUGAAAUCAGUAGCACAUUUUAGCUAAUUUCUGAUGAAUCAAAAUAAAAAUGUCAUGAUAUAAAAAUAAUUUUAAAUUUAAAAACCUAAAUGAAAAAAAUUGUAUUUUUUGUAAAUAUAGUUACAGUUAUAUUGAAUAGAAUUAUUUAUGUUAGCAACUUUUGAAUGCAUCACAUAAUUUUAAUUUGACACAGAAACUGAAAAUCAUUUCAAUUAAAGAUUGUUGACUGUUGUUUCACCUCAGAUGAAUUGAUUACAUUUUAAGAAGUUAUCAGAUAUUUAUAUUUAUGACAUACAAUUUUUUUGUUAUGUUAUGAGUUGUUUUUGUUUUUAUUUUCUACAUGUUCAGGGUAUAAAGUUCUAGUGCAUACAUACGUAGAUUUCAACCCACAUUUUUUUAGUUCUUACUUAUGUAUUUACAUACAUGUACUAAGAACUAAUAUGAAAUUACAACUUAAUCAUUUUUUGUGUGAUUUUUAUGUAUUUGAACCAAUUUUUAUUUUAAAUUAGCACAAGUUAAAUCUGUUGAUCAGAAUUUUUUUCCUUGGUAAUAGUUAUAUUUAUACUCAAACCUAUUUGAUGUUACUUCUGCAAAGAUUUAUAGACACUCAGAGGAAAUGAUAUUAGCAUGGUAGACAGUUAAACUUUUAAGGCAGAGUUUUGGAAUUAAAGCUAAAAUUUUAAAAUAAAUCAAAAACAUUGAUAAACAAGCUGUUUACUGCUAGUUUAGUGCAUCAAUCCAUUGUCUGCUUUUGAUUUAGUCUUUGGUUCUUGAUUUCUAUGCUGCACUGUCAAUAACUUUACUUUUUUAAAGCAGUUCUAUUAAUCUCUUUCAAAUACUAUUUGCUUAUACUAAUCAGAAUGUAAGAUUUAAUGGGUUUGAUAUUUGUUUCAACUGGUGAUGGUCCCCCUAAAGUAUUGUAUUAGUACUUCAAAACUUACUUAUGUACAGUUUCAUUAAUCAAUUAUAUUUUUUAGGCUGUUGAAGGUUUAUCAAUUGAUUUUUUUUUUAUCUGGUGGAGACAUUUAACCAUUUUGUUUUUGCCACAAAAAAAAAUUUAACUUGUCUGUUGUGAAAAAUGAAAUCAAAAGUGAAUGAUCACCUAGUCUUUGAAAGUUCAAAAUAUUUGUACUACUUUAUUGAUGUCAUGUACUCACAUAAUAUUUGUGUGUUAGUGUUUGUCUUAACAUGUUGAUGUUGUUUUGUGAUAUCUACAUCAACAUUGUCUCUUGUUGGUGUGGUAUGCAAGACAUUGGUUCUAUGCUGUUGGUAAAAAUUUCUCAUCCUUCAUUGACUUCCAUUGUACUCCACCUUGCACUUAGAGUGUUUUAUGGAGUGCUAGAAAUCUAAAAAGUAUCCUAGUCAUAAUAGAAGUUUAUAGAUUUUUAAAACUUACCACAUUCAGAGCAUUUCAUUUUUACUUUGCUCUUUUUUUUUAUUGUGUAUGUUCUUAAUUGUAAUCAACAUCUGACAGUGCUACAUAAUGUUUUAUUUAAUGACUGAGCAUAAUGCUUAAUUUGAUUUUAAUGUGGCUAAGAUUCAAGAAACAUGUUUACAAGUUCAUUGCUAAAAACACCUGGUGCAGAGUCAAUGUAUAUUAAUCUCUGAAAUGAAAUGGGACUAACAAUGACUUUCAAAAUAGGAAUGUCAUUUGUUUCUCAAAUGUUAGUAGCAUAGAAAACAUGGACUGUGUGGUCUAUUUAUCUUAAUGUGUGUUUGAUGUAUUGUAAGUGAUCAUAUGUAACAGUUAUGGGUAUAGAGAAUAAAAUACAAAAUAUUUAA